CGUCGAAUGUCCCAUUGUUCAAUUACGCAAAAAACCUCUUUGUUUUACUCUUUGCUCCACAAAUCUAUGUACCAAGCUCACUAAUCCUUUCUCCAUUAUCACACGAAUGGAUUUAUCUCUUUUCCUUACCAUAGUUGCUGCUGCAAUAGGCUUCUUCUUGAUUUUUCGAAAAAUCAGACUCCAUCAAGAAAACAAAGAAUUUGAUACUUCCUCUUCUUUGUCUACUUCAUCACCACCAUCUUCUUUAUCUUCUUCGCCAGUUCCUCAAUCUUCUUCUUCUCACGUCUGGAUACACGAUGUCUUUCCGAGCUUCCGUGGGGAAGAUAUCCGCAAAAACUUUCUCAGUCACAUACAAAAGGAGUUUACAAGAAAGGGAAUCACACUAUUCAAAGAUAAUGGGAUCAAGAGAGGAGAAUCCAUCGGACCCGAGCUCAUGAGGGGGAUUAGAGGAUCUAAGAUCGCCAUCAUCUUGCUCUCGAGGAACUAUGCUUCUUCAAAAUGGUGUCUUGAGGAGUUGGUGGAGAUUAUGAAGUGCAGGGAGGAGCUGGGUCAAACUGUGAUGGCUAUUUUCUGUAAAGUAGAUCCAUCUGAUGUAAAGAAGCUGACCGGAGACUUUGGGAAGGUUUUCAGGAAAACUUGUGAGGGUCAAGCGAAGGAGGACAUUUGGAGAUGGAAACAAGCCUUGGAGAAGGUGGCCACAAUAGCUGGUUACCAUUCAAGCAACUGGGAUGAUGAAGCAUCAAUGGUCGAAGAAAUCGCCACUGAUGUUUCCAGUGACCUAAUUAAUUUUGUGAUAUCAAGUGAUUUCGAAGGUUUUGUUGGGAUGGAAGCUCAUAUGGAAAAUAUGGAGCCGUUCUUACUCUUAGGCUCCAAUGAAGUGAGGAUGAUAGGGAUUUGGGGUCCUUCUGGAAUUGGUAAGAGCACCAUCGCCAGAGUUCUAUUUAGCCAACAUUCUCAUGAAUUCCAGCUUUGUGUCUUCAUGGAGGAUAUCAAAAGACACUGUCCAAGAUCUUAUUCCAAUGAAUAUAGCGUGAAACUGCAAUUACAGGAAGAGUUCUUAUCUAAAAUAAUCAACCAGGAAGAUAUCAAGAUUCAUCAUUUAGGAGUUGCGCCAGACAGGUUAAAAGACAAGAGAGUGCUUAUCGUUCUGGAUGAUGUAGACCAUUUGAUGCAACUAGAUGCCAUGGCCAAAGACCAUAGCUGGUUUGGUCCUGGAAGUCGGAUUAUUGUCACAACGCAAGAUAAAAAAAUCUUGACUGCACAUGGGAUUAACCAUAUUUACAAGGUUGAGUUUCCAGGUUUCAGUGAUGCUUUUGAAAUUUUCUGCAUGUAUGCUUUUGGUCAAAAGUCCCCAUAUGAUGGCUUCGAGAAACUUGCUUGGGAAGCUAAAGAAUUUGCCGGUAAUCUCCCUCUGGGACUAAAGGUAAUGGGAUCUUAUUUCAAAGGAAUGCUCAAGCAUGAGUGGCAAGAGGAACUACCAAGGUUAAGAACUAGACUUGAUGGAGAAAUAGAAAGUAGUUUAAAGUUACGUUAUGAUGCCUUAUGUGUUGAUUCUCAAGAUUUAUUUCUUCAUUUAGCUUGCUUGUUCAACAAUGAGCAGAUUGAGAAAGUGGAAGAGUAUCUUGCAAGGAAUUUUGUCGGUGUGAAAGGACAGCUCCGUGUUCUAAGUGAGAAAUCUUUCAUGUCCAUUGAUAGGGGAUAUAUAAAGAUCCAUGAUUUGCUAGCACGUUUGGGUAGAGAAAUUGUUCGUAAACAAUCCAUUCACGACCCUGGGCAGCGUCAGUUUUUGGCUGAUGUUGGAGAUAUAUGCCAAGUACUACAAAAUGAUACACUAGGUAGUCGAAAAGUCAUAGGCAUAGAUUUGAAGCUUUUAGAGUUGAAGACGGAGUUGAAAAUAAGUGACAGGGCCUUUGAAAGAAUGUCCAAUGUUCAAUUCUUAAGACUUUUGCAUUCUGAUUCGGAUUCUGAUUCUAGUUCUGAUUCUAGACGUCCCAAACAAACAUGUCACCACAGCACAGAUCUAAUGACAUGUCUGCCUCCAAAUCUUAGACUUUUGCAUUGGGAUUUUUUUCCGAUGACAUGUCUGCCUUCUAAUUUUAAUCCGGAGUUCCUGGUGGAAAUAGUCUUGCGUAAAAGCAACUAUCUUGAGAAAUUGUGGGAAGGAAAUAAAGCAAUUAGAAAUCUCAAAUGGAUGUAUUUGUCGGAUUCCAAAAAUCUAAAGGAGCUUCCUGAUCUCUCAACGGCCACUAGUCUCCAAGAAUUGAAUCUUCAUGGUUGCUCAAAUCUAGCAGAGCUCCCCUUUUCUAUUGGAAAUGUUCUCAGUCUCCGAAGAUUAAAUCUUAGUCAUUGUUCAAGUCUAGUGAGGAUCCCCUCUUUUAUUUGGAAUCUUGUUGAUGUUGGAAGAUUGGAUUUUAGUCAUUGCUCAAGUCUAGUGAGACUUCCAUCUUCUUCUGGGAAUGCUAUAAUUAAACUCAAAGUAUUGGAUCUUAGUGGAUGCACAAGUCUGAUGGAACUCCCCUCUUCUAUGGAAAAUGCCACUGAUCUCGAGGAACUGAAUCUCACGGGAUGCUUACAUCUAGCUAAGCUCCCAUCCUCUAUUGGUAAUCUCAAGAGAUUGUAUCUCAAAGAUUGCUCAAGUUUGGUGGAGCUUCCAUCUUCUAUUAGAAAUUCCAUUAAUCUCGAGGAUUUUACUUUUAAUGGUUGCUCAAAUCUUGUGGAGCUCCCUUUCUAUCUUGGUAAUGCUACUGAUCUCAAAAAAAAUGAUUUGAGUGGAUGCUCAAGUCUACGGGAGCUCCCCUUUUCUAUUGGAAAUAUGACUAAUCUCAUGCAUCUGUAUCUCGAUGAAUGCUCAAGUCUACGGGAGCUCCCCUCUUCUAUUGGAAAGAUGACUAGUCUCAUGUAUUUGUAUCUCAAUGAAUGCUCAAGUCUCGUGGAACUCCCGUCUUCUAUUGGAAGUAUAAAUAAUCUCAUGAAGUUACAUCUUAAUGGAUGCUCAAGUCUACUGGAACUCCCAUCUUCUAUUGGAAAUAUGAACAAUCUCGGGAACUUAUACCUUAAUGGUUGCUCAAGUCUUGUGGAACUUCCAUCUUCUAUUGGAAAUAUAAAUCAUCUCAGGAAGUUGUCUCUUAAUGGAUGCUCAAGUCUUGUGGAACUUCCAUCUUCUAUUGGAAAAAUGAAUCAGCUCAGGAAGCUGUAUCUCGAAAGAUGCUCAAAGCUAAGGGCCUUUCCGGUCAAUAUCAACAUGAAAUCUCUUGGUAAACUUAUUCUCACUGACUGCUCUUCAUUGAAUUGCGUUCCGGAGAUUUCCACAAACAUCAGAGUUCUAAAGCUCACUGGAACUGCAAUAGAAGAAUUACCUCCAUCAAUCAUGUCAUGGCCUCGUCUUCGUGAGUUACACUUGAGCGACACAAGAAUACAAGAAAUUGCUCCAUGGGUCAAGAAGGAAAAGUGUAGUCUACGUGAACUUGUAAUCAAGGGAUGCACGAAGCUGGUUUCUCUUCCGCAGCUCCCGGACUCCUUAAAACUCCUAGUCGCAGACAAUUGUCGGUCCCUCGAGAGACUAGAUUGCUCUUUUCACAAGAAAAAGUUUAAUGCGCUCAGCUUUGUUAACUGCUUUAAACUGAAUCAAGAAGCAAGAGACAUUAUCAUCAAGACAUCAACAAGAGACUUUGCAGUGUUUCCAGGAGAAACAGUGCCAACAUAUUUCACGUACCGAGCCACCGGGAGUUCCAUGUCAAUGACGUGGAGUGGAUUAGAUACACAGUACUUUCCAACAUCCUUGAGAUUUAAUGCUUGCCUCUUGCUGGUUUAUAAGGGUGACGUUGAUGCUGGGGAUUGGUGCUGGCCUGAUAUAUCUUAUUGCAUCAAGGACAAACUGGGUGGUGUUAAAUCUGGUUACGCAGCUUAUGCUGAUCUAUGGCACCGCUCUUCUCCAACUUCAAAGGAGCAUCUGCUCGUAUUCAAAAUUGAAGGAAAACUGGGCUCACCCGAAUUAGCCUUUGAGUUCAGAUCCCAUGACAAAAACUGGGAGAUUGAGGAAUCCGGGCUACGUCCUCUGGAAAGUUGGAAACAUUUGCUUUGGAAUCCUUGGCUCCCUCAUGUUAGUGGAAGCUGAGCAAAAAAAAAAACAAAUCAUAUUUACGUUAAUAACUCUACCAAAAAAAAAAACUGACUUUCAAUAUGAUAUCAUAUUGUUAUAUUCCUCAACCCCCCUGUUUUAUUUAUUUGUAAUGCUCAUUUGUCAUUUGUAUUGACAAUCGGCAAAAAAUAUGGGUGUGUUAUGAUAACGUUGUCAUUGAAGGAAAGGGCAUGCUUACUUUUCCACAUGAUGACAAGAUCAUGUUCAAAUUUGUUUUAUAUUUUGUUUUUCACGGGGGUUGCGGUAAAGAUAUGGAAGGAGA